UAAGGGAGGCUCCCCCCAUAUGGACACUAGGGCUUGAGGAGUAGUGGAAUAGUGAGAUUCAAAGAUUCACAUGCUUGCACAUUGGCCGAGUUGUUCCCUUUUCUCGGUGAAGCGUCCUUGCUUUUGCAAUACGCUCGUUCCUUCAUUCCUUCGUUCCUCCGUUUGUCCAUUCGUCCUUUCGUAACGCAAGCUCCUCAUCCGACUUGAGAGGCCGGAUUUCUUCGCUUUUUCGUUUCGCCUUUGCAAUGCCAGCUCCAAAGGUCGACCAAAGCCGACGAGGGGCCCUUCACAUGACCAACACGAGGGAAUAGAAUUGCCCAUGUCCUCGGUAAAGAGUGGUCUUGGUGUUGUGUUCAGAGUAGUGAGUGCCCGCCAGUUCUCGCCCCCGUACAGCAGUACGUAGUACAGUGUUAGAGCACCAUGUACUACUCCUACUACUCCUACUAUACGAAGAUUGGAACGUGGGAACAUGGGAAGUGUGGGGCACUGGUCUUGGAUCAGUGAGUGAAGCCAAAAGAGAAGAGUUCCCACGUGAGGCAACGAGUGAGGGAGUGCGGAAGUGCGUGUGCAAAAAGAGAGCGCCAAAGCGGUUUCCUUAGACUUCUUGUCUCACAGUUUCACAAGAGCUGGGAUCUCAGACGGAGGAUCAGUUCCAGCUCUUUGACCAACAUUUGUGAAUCGUCCAGCUGAAUUUUUGAAUUGUAACUCUUCCGACCCACAUCAAGGGUUGAAAAGUCUAAGCCUAAUUUUGGUUGUUAAGCGAAGACUCCUCUUAGACCAGGGAAUUUUUCCAGAGGCUCUUUUUCACUCCCAUUCGUGUUAUCCUUCAUUUGAAGCAUUCUCUGUAUCUUUGCUAUCUGAGGAGAUCCCCAUUCACGGAUAAUACAUAGAGUGAGGGCUAGAAGAAUAAGCAUAACAUCGCUCUGUCACUCAUCACAUUUCUGGGACAGAGGGAUGAGGCCUCAAGUGGACCCUUGCGGGUCUUGACCAGUGAUCAUUCUCGAGUGCUCCAACUCGAUCAUUUGUGUUGGAGGGUUUUCGGGUUCACUUUUCCCUCUCAUUCGUGGUCCAUAUCAACUGAUGAUCCAGACUCGAUCCACGCCCCUAUAGGUUAAGUUAAAAAGUAUUGAGGAUUCUUGUUGACCGCUCACGAAUUGGAACAGAGUAGAAAUGCCAGGACUGCAUUGGGAAACUUGAGUGAUUGCGUUCGGGAAAACGAAGGAACGAAGAAGAAGAAGAAGAAGAAGAGGAUGAUGAUGAUGAAGAAGAAGAUGAAGGGAGACAUGCAGUGCUCGAGUAAUACUCCUGGCGUAUAAAAGCUCAUUAUGGCCAUGGACCGUCAUCAACGACGAAUGACAGCACCAGAUGUGUCAGCUAUGGCCAAAACUAGUGGACGAAGAGAAAGUGGAUCCGGGAGCCAUGGGCACAGUGGUGGAUCAGUUCCCAAGUUUAAGCCCAGCCCUCAGAAACUCCAUGGCAGCUCGAAAUCCCUGCCCAUGCACCCUCACCAUCUGCAUCAUAUUAGCUCGUCAUCGCUCAGACUCACCCGUAGUCGGUCGCCCGAAGAAGGCUCAGCCUCUCGACACCUGUCCCCUUUGUCUUCCUCCUCUAUCGGUUCAAGAAAGUCACUAGCCCCGCCCAAUCAGGCCUCUCCAUUACGAAGGAGGCGGAUCUUCGGUAAUCGAACUCGAUCAGCUUCACCUCGGAACAUAUCCCCACGAAGAAGACAGCUACCUACCACUCCAUUUCAAAGACGUCCGAGCAAAAGAUUGGAAGAUACGCUUAGAAAAUUCACCGAUUUCGCACUGCCCUUUCACUUGGAUAUGAUCAGUCAGCAUAGGAAUAAUAUCAACAAGCUCCAAGCAGAAGGUGAUUGGGUCAAAGUUCGUCACGAAGUGAAUUUGGCUUCGCGAGCGGUCCAUCAGCUUGGAUCAUUGCUAUUUGAAAUGGAAAUCCUUCGUAGCUAUCUGGAACCUAACGAAUUGCCGUACUUCGAUGCCAAAGUGAUCCCGGCCAAAACUAGCGCUUUAGUGGUGAUCCAUGGCCUUCAAGAGAUGUGCCCUGGAACAGUUGGAAAUUAUUCCCAUUUCGCACAAGCGCGCCGCCUUUCCAUGGCCGGAAUGAGAUCAAAUAGCCUCACCGAAAAGACUCGUUCACCCGAAUCUCCGGUUUGUGGAACUUCCUAUAAUGGUGUCAGGAGACAUUCAGACUCCGAAACGCAAAGCUGCAACUCCCUGCCUUAUUCUCUGAGCGAAGAACAAUCUCUAAUUCAGGACGAACCCUCAAUCCAUUGUGACUCUGUCACAUUGCAAACCCAACCAGUGGCUACCUCAGGCAUCAGCAACAAUAACAACCCUUUGAACAAUCGCAUAAAGAUCAAAUCCAGUUAUCUUGUCCCUUGUCAUUCUCAUCCUCCUUCGCCUUCCUCCAAUUAUGAGAAUCCGCAAGGCAAUCCCAACAACAACGAUAUCACCGUGUGCGAGUCCUCGAGCUCUCCCACUUUAAUAUUGGGAGAUGGUUCCAUACAUGAAAGUGAUGGAGCAACCAAGUCUCUCGUAGAAAAGCCUGGGACCGCUUACUCGAACACUCGAGGCACAGGGGGCGGUGGAGGACAAGGCGGAGGAGGCGGAGGGGGAGGAGGAUCUGCAGCUGGACAAGCAGGAACCGUUACAAGCCCUCAACAACAGGGCGGUGGAACACUCGAAGUCCUUUAUGAAGAUCCAAAAGAAGACUCAAUAUCCAUUCUCAGUGGUGAGGAUGGAACAGCAACUCGCGGAGAACUAGAGUGUCAAGGGCAGUCAGUGUCCAAUCUAGAACAUGAUCCCCCGCCCUCAUCGAUUUAUUCGUCGAAACCACCUCCCAGCCAAUUACGAACAAUCCCAAACACGUACAAACAAGGCACAAUCUUAUCGACAUCACUGGGUGCUGUGAACCAUUGGGGAACAACUUCAAUCAAUGACUUGGACCGACGGAAAGAUACUCUACAAUCGUGGCAAAGACUGGAAGAGGAAAUAAGAGACUUCCAAUUGCUCAUUGCCGAAUUCUCUUCCAACGUGGUUGUGACGGAUAAAAGUGGUGGAGAUGCUUUGAACACAUUGCAAAAUGUUCAAAAUUCGUGUCGAGUUCGAACCAGCCACAUUUCAAGUAGCGCCAUUUAUCCUGUGGCUGGAGCCCUUUUAGGAACCUGUUUGGGUGGACCCGUUGGGCUUUUGGCAGGAGUCAAGAUAGGUGGCUUGGCAGCCAUCGGUGGAUCCGUCUUUGGCUACACAACGGGCAGCGUGAUCAAAGAGCAUAAGGAACGUCAAGACUACAUUGACGACUUCUACGCUUGCCAUCCCAAUGCAUCCCGUCCAUUAAUGACCCGAACUGCAAGCAUACGCCAACAGGAAAGUGCCAAGAGAGCUCAAUCGCUACCGGAUGUGCUCAAUGACGAAGACGAUGGGCUAUUGGCCACGGACUCGUCGCCACUUCUAGCUCGUCCUCGAUCUAACUCGAUCCGGACUCGGAAGCGGUCUACUCAAGCCAAGUCACCCUCGAGAUGCCAGUAUUAUGCCAUCAUGUCCGAAAGUGGGGGGAGUCAUCCAAACAUGGCAAUGGGCAAUAGUCAACAUCAACAGUAUCGCCCAAAACCGCAUCAACAGCUACACCACCUACAACGGCAUCAGCAGCAGCAGCAACAACAACAACAACAACAACCGCAACAGCAACACCAUCAACUGGCCAGAUCCUCGUCAGCACAAAGAGCGGCAACUCGUUCGGUUGAGAACCUCCUCUGCGAUUGAGACUGUGUGAUACUUGGAAGCGUAUAGAGUAGAAUCGCUAGUUUUGUGCUUCGUGGCGCAAAAUAUCUCGAUAAAUGUCAGAUUAAUCGGUGAACAAAUGUUUUUUGCUUAUUGUUUUGAAGGCCCUCCUCCUGUGUGAUCUCUGGUAAGUUGAGAAUGUGAGAGGGCUUUAUUUCCUCGGUUAAAAAAAUUGAACACCUAUGCUCCUUGGUCCUCUCUACUCGACGAUUGAUGCAAAAACACCCACCUUCAAACCUUGUUAUUCGUAACAUUUUUCAUAGCACCAUUUGAAAUAAACACGACAGGAGUAUUCGUCAA